GUAAAGACAUCCCCUUUCCAGCGACCAGACCGACAGGCAGAACUUCUGUACUUCCUCAAAGCCUUUCGGAUGAUACACAGCUAAUUUUUUUUCCGCUAUGAGGAGGCCAUCGUUUGUUAGAACGUCACACGAGUUGAGGAGCGCUGGGUUCCUGCACCGCGCCUCGUCCGCUGCGCAGCUCUGUGUUCGCUUUUAGCAUUUACGCGCUGUGUAACACCGCGCCGCAAUGAUUAGUAAAGUGAAAAAUGCCAUGUCCUCGCUGGUGGGCGGCAUAGUUCCACACGGCCACCACCACCACCAUCAUCAUCAUCCUCAGCAGCAGCAGCAGCAGCAGAGCGGAGCGGAUUCUUUGCCUCCGCGCUUCCCUUACGCGCGGCCCGAGUUUCUGGAGCUGAGCGCUGAGUUGGUGCAGUAUGCGGCUGAACACGCAUCCCGGCCCGUCAUUACACCACGGAGAGACGCCAAGAUGCCCUGGCGCACAGGAUACGCAGAGGUUGUAAAUGCAGGAAAGAGUAUGCUGAAUGAGGACCAGGCCUCAUGUGACGUGCUAUACGUGAAGAAGCUCACUAGCAAACAGCAACGUGCCUCUGUGCUGCUAGAGGACAGUGGGGACACCACGGGUAUCCCUUUGCAUUUCUGGGGUGUAUUUGAUGGCCACGCUGGCUCUGGAGCUGCUCUCAUGGCCUCCAAAAUCCUCCAUCGUCUCAUCCGAGACCGUUUGUGUGAAGUAGCUCAUCUUUUGGAGAAUCAGAGCAACCCACCACCCAUCUGCCUAGCUAAGAAUGGGAGUCCCUAUCAGGCUGAGCAAAAGAAGGGAUCUUGCAUGGAUGCAGAAGACCAGGAUGGGCCUGUAGAUCCCAUUGCUCGGUUCCACAUGGAGAAGGCUGUCAGUUUGGAAAGCCUGGUGAUGGGAAUCAUAGAGAAUGCCUUCAAACAGAUGGAUGACCUCAUUGAAAAGGAGAAGGCAUCUUACAGCAUUUCUGGAGGAUGUUGUGCCUUGACUGCUGUGCAUUUGUUAGGGAAACUCUACGUAGCAAAUGCAGGUGACAGCAGAGCCAUAAUUGUUCGCAACGAUGAGAUUAUUCCCAUGUCUAACGAGUUCACACCAGAGAGUGAGAGACAGCGGCUACAGUACCUGGGAUUCCUUAAACCAGAACUGCUUGGGAAUGAGUUCACACACAUUGAGUUUCCCCGACGCAUUCAGCACAAUGAGUUAGGCAAGAAGAUGCUAUUUAGAGACCAUACUAUGACGGGGUGGGCAUAUAAGACAAUUGUUGAAGAUGACCUCAAGUUCCCCCUUAUUUAUGGAGAGGGGAAAAAGGCCCGAGUCAUGGCUACGAUUGGAGUAACACGUGGUUUAGGAGAUCAUGAUCUAAAAGUGUACAACUCAAACAUUCAUAUCAAACCUUUCCUAUCCUGCUGUCCAGAGGUGAAAGUAUACAAUAUUUCUGAGCAUAAGCAUGGUACUGAUGACGUCCUCAUAAUGGGAACGGAUGGAUUGUGGGAUGUGACUUCUGACAGAGAAGUAGCAGAUUCAGUGAAUAAAUUUCUAUCCACCUGUGAGCCUAAUGACCCAAUGAGGUAUACUUUGGCUGCUCAGGAUCUCCUAAUGAGGUCACGUGGCGUUCUGAAAGAGCGGGGUUGGAGGCUGCCUAAUGACAGACUGGGAUCAGGCGAUGACAUAACAGUGUUUGUCAUCCCAUUGGCUGGGGAAGAGUUAGAGACAUGACAAAGCAGAUCAGUUAUUCUCUGGCAAGCAAAUCAGGACACGGCGCUAAUUCACGCCAGCUGAGGAAGGGGUGUAAUACCAAAAAAAUCCAUUCUCAUCUCAGCUGAAUGGAAUUAUGUAUGCAUUGCUCCUCUUCCUCCGACUUUUCAGAAGAAUCAUCUCGACUCUUACCUCUUCUUAUUACGCCUGGGAUGACAUCAUCAUUAAGUGCCAUUCUUCUCACUCAACAUUUCUCACAGAUUUACUGUGAAAGACUUCAGAACAUGCAAAGUCGCUGUGAUAUAAAUACUCUAGAAGUCUAUUGGGGAGCGAGCAGCUAUAAGAAGAGAGAUUUGUGAUAAUCAGAAUAAACAGCGUCUUCUAUCCAUGACCUGUAGAAAACAAAGGAAUGGAGCACUGGUGUUUUAAAAUGAAAUCUUCAUGAUUAAGGAUGUAUAAAUGUAAGCACUUUAUCUUUAGACAUAAACUCAUCAACCUGUAAUUACAACUUAGCAAAUCUCCCUCAGCUCCCUUACAGUAAAUGUCUCAGAAGAAUCAGUCUAAUUAAACACAUGCGUAUCAGUGAUUUCACAGCAGCUUUAUUUAGAAACAAAUUAUCACCCAGAAAAGAAAGGAAGCACAAUUUUCUAAUUAGUCCUGAUAAUGACAGAGUCAAAUAUCGGUCCUUAAUAUAAUGAUCAAGGCAAUUGUGUAGACUUUCAUAAUUAUGUCAUUUGUGGGCAGUGGUAGCUCAGUAGUUAAGAUACUGACCUAUAUGACCACCAAGCUGCCACUGGUGGACCCAUGGACAAGGCCCGUAACCUUAAACAGCACUUUUUAUUCUUUUUGUAUAAAUGAGAUAACUUGUAAGUUUCUCUGGAGUCUGCCAAAUGCCAAAAAUGAAAAUAAAAAAUACUACAGUAAUCCCACACCACGACACAUUUUCUCAAAAAUAGAGGCCAUUAUUUCAUCACUUGUACAUUUGUACAAAUGUACAAACCUGGGUUCCCUACCUCUUCACAAAGCCAUGUUCACAAUGAACUGUGAUGAACUAGAAAACUUGGAAAGAGGUGGAUUUUUGAUUGUAAUCAAACCCGUGUAUUAUUUGUGCACACUGAGUUUCAGCUAAACUGUAGCUAAAGAGUUAGAUUGUUCCCGAGCCAUAUUUAGAAGCUUAUUAUAUAUUGAGAAUCCCUAUUAAAGCAGCUUAUAGUAUAAGAUCAACACCUACUGUAUAUGGAACCUAGAAUCUUGCCAUUCAUGAAGAAUUUAUUAUUGUAAUAUAUUAAUAACUAUAACUUUCACUCAAGGUACCAUAUUUGUAAAAAUGGGUUAAAAUGGUUUUAGGUGGCAGCUAAAUUACCACCAAUGAUGUUUUAAUGUGAACACAUUUCAACAUUAGAACCUGAACAUCAUCACCUGAACUUUGCUUAAAUAAUCAUGAAGUGAACAACCAAUUUGUAAAUCUUAUAAUCUUAAAGAUUAUAAAUCUGAUCAUUUGAAUUUAUGGCUGACUUUGCUAUAACAUGUUUAGUUGAAAUGCCAUUCCUGCAGAAUUUUUUUAGCAUUUGUCAAGCUGUAACACCUAAACGACUGUGAUUCCUUCACAAUAAACCUACCAUCUUGAAUAACUAAUUUCCUGUCUCUUUUCAAUGGAUUAUAUUCUAUUUGCUAUUGAAAAUCCCACUGAUGCUAACAAACAGAUCAUUGUCAAAAUGUAUUCAAUACUGAAGUUUCUCCACUAGGAAUAUUUGUUUAAUGUACAUUAGUUACAUUCAGGUGUAAUUGCUGUACAGUAAUCAGACACACAGAAAUUACUGUACACUGUUGUAGCGAACAAUUCAGAGCAUUAAUUCUCCUCUAUAAGCCCAUAAUCAUUUAUAAGUAUAUUAAUGACUGUUUAAAGCACUUCAAUUAAAAUAUCCAACUUGAUAAGGAUUACUGGUACUGUACUGUACAACCCCAUGAUAAACAAUGUUGGAAUUCCUGUGUCAUGUGACUUAAAUAAACUCGUGAUAAACAUUUCAA